AUGGAUACAGCAGGAACAUCAGGGUAAGUUUCAACAAUUUUAUAAAUAUAAGUUGUAUUAUUUAAACCGCAUUAGAUAACAGUUUUGUAAUCAAUCCUGUCAGGAUUUUUAUGAAGUUUUGUUCGUCUUUGAAAGUCUAAACUAUUCGUGUAAAUACAUUUGCGGUACGAAUCCACCUUAGCUAAAAUCUGGAUAAACUUACCUCACUUUUUUGCUGAUAUAAAAGCCCUCUUAAAGCCAAGUUAUUGUAGUCGUCAAUUUUUGCACAUGAAGAUUUUUGAAAUCGUUCUACAGUCAUAUUUUACGCUGUACUGAUUUUCACCUCGGGUAAAAAAGUUUAUUUACAAAUAAUUUUUACUGCAGCACAGAAAUCGUUUUAGGCAAUUAAUAUGGAAUCAAAAGUUUGUAAGCUUACCAGUAUUAACACUGCUUGUAAAAAUAUAAUUAUUGGCACUUUAUAUUCAGAAAUUAUUCCAUGAAGUGGUCAGAAGAGCACGAUCUCAUGCUAUGCAGAGAAGUUCUUGUCAUGGAACCAUUCAAGCACCAAAAGCAAAGUAGAGAGAGAGGAGAAAUCUGGGGAGAAAUAGCACAAAACUUAAAUGGGCUCAGUGUACCCAAAUUCACUGUAAGAACGCGGUUUGUUAGGGACAGGCUCACUCUUUUGCUGAGGAAGUACAAAGAAAAGGUGAGAAACGAAGAGCAGGGUUCUGGCAUGAAAUGUAACGAGGAAACAGAAUUGGAGAUGGCAUUGUCUGAAAUCAUAGAAAAAGAACAGGCAGCUGAUUUAGAAAGGAAAGAAAACACGAACACUCUUACCAAGAAGAAUGAAAACCACAAGGCGUCAGCCGAAGAAAGUAGUUUGAAGGCCUUGGAGCGCUUGGGCCAAACAAAAGAGAGGAAUGCUGAUUCAUGUGAUGAAGAUAUCAAACCAAAAAGCAGAAGAAGUACCACUGAAGCUGUGCAAAUUCUAAAAGAAAAAUUUGAGGAUGAGAAGGAAUUACGGAAGGAAGAAAUGAAAUUGAAGAAGAAAGAGCAAGAAAAUAAAGCAGCUCAGCAUCAAAUGCAGAUAGAUCAGUAG